AGAUUUUUUUUUUCAAUGUUUUUCACGCAGAGGCCACGGUAUCGCCUCGCCGGUCAAUUCUGCUCGUUAGCCCUCUGAAAGUACCCAAAAGUUUGGGGUAUAUUGGCGGAAUUUCUUCUUCGUGAAGUUUUAUUAUCACCCAGGUUCGGACAUGAUCUGUAACCGGGCUCAAACCCGACACCCGCUUGUUUUAUGACAGAAGAGGCUCGAUCUCUCUUCCCUAAUCCGCAUUAACCCUAAUUUCUCUCCGUCGAGAUCCAGCGAGUCGAGCAUCCUGGCGUAGCCAAUCUCCAGCGAGAACGACACAGGCCUUUUUCUUUGAAGUCGUGAAGAGCUCAAUCAAGCUAUGGAGCUUUUUCGAGGAUAUGAGCAAUGGAGCUUGUGGAGCACCAUUCACAUCAAGGGUUACCCUCGUGGAUAUACUCUUUCAGCUAGUCAUGAGCGGUCGUGUAAACUGUAUGAUAUAUGUAGGAAACCUUCCUCUAGAUAUACGUGAAUCGGAAGUGGAAGAUCUGUUUUACAAGUAUGGUCGCAUAGUAGACAUUGAAUUGAAGAAUCCACCUCGCCCCCCUGGUUAUUGUUUUGUGGAGUUUGAAAGUGCUCGAGAUGCUGAUGAUGCUGUCAGGGGUCGUGAUGGCUAUAACUUUGAUGGAUACCGUUUGAGGGUUGAGCUGGCUCAUGGAGGCAGGGGACAUUCAUCUUCAUUUGGACGGGGUAGCAGUUAUGGAAGUGGCGGAGGCAGAAAAUAUGGAAUUUCCCGCCGUUCGGAAUAUCGAGUUGUUGUUCAUGGACUACCACCUACAGCUUCAUGGCAAGAUCUAAAGGAUCAUAUGAGAAAGGCUGGGGAUGUUUGCUUUGCUCAAGUUUUCCGUGAUGGGGAUGGAAGCAUGGGUUUGGUUGACUACACCAACUACGAGGACAUGAGAUACGCCAUUCGGAAACUUGAUGACACUGAAUUCAAAAACCCCUUUGCAAGGUCUUAUAUUCGGGUUAAGAUGUAUGAGGGAAGUCCACCUCGUAGCCGGAGCAGGAGUUACAGCAGAAGUAGAAGUCCCAGACGGAACCUAAGUGAUAGGUCUACUUUGUCAAGGUCUAGGUCUGUCUCUCCUGCCUGAUCGAGAUCAACAUCUAGGUGAAUGUCCGGCUGACUACAACAGUUAUUCUCCCUCAUUCCAGCCCCCUGCCAAAUCAUCUGAAACCUCAGGUAACACCAGAAAACUCUCACCUCCGCUUCUCUACUUCACACAAGAACUAGAACCUGAAACUUCUUUGACUUCAUCUUCUUCGAGCAGUGAAUACAAUCAGCCACGCCCUCAUCCAGACACCCUAAUCUUCAACCUGCAAUGUUCCUGCGCCCUCGACAGUGACCUCAACUACAACUUUCAGCGACACAUUUCGCUGCAGGUUUUCAACAGCCCCUUUCUCGAACAUUGCUGCCUCGGUUUUCGACUAUGGACCAGCAAAGCUUCAAAUCAGAAUCAACACAGACAUGUCAAAGUUAAUAAACUAUAGGUUUUUGUUUGGUAACAAUUCGAAAUUCAAGUAUCUUUUGAUUAGUUUGAUUCGUUGGUGUUCAAUUCAGGAAGUCAUUGCUCUUUAAAGUUUGCAAAUUGUCCGAGAAUUAUUUCACUUCUUAGGUUUAAUUCGAACUUAUCUUUUCAUAGUUAUAGUUACUAUUAAACGUGUAGUUUUAUUUAUUAUUGAUUUAUAUUUUUCUUAUUUAUAGUUUAAUUCCGCUGAUCAUUUGUGUUAAUUUUACAUGCAUAUCGCAUUGAGUUUGUUAGAUUACUUGUUUAGUAAAGCCCUAUAGAUUGUCCUGCGUCUCAUCACCUUCCCUUUUUUUAUUAGCCUCAAAAUGGCUGAAAUGCUUAACACACCCUCCCUCGCCCAUUAUCAUGUUUCCAAUCCCAUGGGGCACACCCUCCCUCAUCUCCCUCACUUUCCUCACCCACUCCCUUUUUUCAAUCUCAUCACAGUCUCCUUUUUGUCCUUAGAUGGCUGACUAUUUGGUGAGAAAUGAGAAUCGAAUCUUGAAAUUAAAUGAAUAGUGGAAGCUGAAAUUUGGACCAAUAUUUUCCGGAAAUGCCUCAACACAAAGCAUAGCAAUUAAGUUAGAAACUGUGAAAUAAGGUAAUAGGUUAGGGUAGAAAAGGAAAACCAAAGAAAUUUCUCCUCCAGCUUUUAGGAAAUGUGUUAUUAUGCUCAUCAAUCUUGCUGUCAUGUUUAUGAAUAAAUUAAGAAACAAACUGUAGUACAUAACUUCAUGGGCAGUACAUUUCAGGAACCAAACUGGAAUUAUAGAUUGUCUUUGAAACAAACUAUAGUACAUUUCAGGAACCAAACUGGAAUUAUAGAUUGUCUUUGAAACAAAAAGAAGAAUAUAAAUGCAUAACUAUUUAGACGAAAAUGAAAAUGGAGAAGUUACUGUAGUACUUUCUGUACACAUCGUUUAACAGUAAAGAAGAGUAUUCAAGUUUCUUUGACUGUGGAAUAUAAUGGCCUAAUUCAAUUAAGUAGGUUUAAUUGCACAUGGGCCCCUGAUCAUAUUGCUCCAUGGAACUUAUUAUCCCUGUCGUUUUGACCUGGGUGAAAAUUUUUUUUGGACUCCUUUAUAUUGGAUGAAAAGUUUUGCGGAUAUUUUCCCUCAGUGAAUUACGGAGGCUAUCUGAGGGUAAUAUAGUCAAAAAUUCAUCCAGGUCUACAUGGGUAGUAGUAAGUCAUACUACUUUUGUAUUACUACAUACAAAAAAGUGAGACCUUUUCUUGUAAAUUGCAAAGAGUUUCUAUGGACCCCACUUGUUUGUAGCAGUAUAACUCUUCUAGUAUAGUUACAAGAUGCAAUAUUAUUAAGGGGGUUUGGGAGGGUUUUGUGCAAUUAACCAUUCAGAAAAACCUCUAUCCCAUCAUACAUAUCAAGCAUUACUUUCCAUUACAAUAAGGGAAUUGUUGUCAAAACAAAUAGAAAUUUUCUACUCAGAAAUGGGCUUGUGAUGUUAUCCUUCUUUUAUUAUUUGAAAUUUAGAAAAAUAACAUAGAUAAGUUUCCAGAAAAUAUUUACUUGAUUUUUUCCCAAUACAAUCUAUUUUAUACCACUAUUUUGAUCAACAUGAAAGUUCUAUGUUAUUGUUCUUCACGAGUGUCCCAAGGCUCUAAUAAUGUUGACCCAUUUUGUUAUUAUGAUGUU